AUGCCCGUCAUUAGUCCGGAAAAGCUGGCUAGCCUGCAGCGGCAGUCCGGCGACGUCCGCAACAUUUGCAUCCUCGCUCACGUUGACCAUGGCAAGACGUCGCUGACGGAUGCCCUGCUAGCCACGAAUGGCAUCAUCUCGCCCAAGCUGGCGGGCAAGAUUCGAUAUCUAGACUCGAGGCCGGACGAACAGACUCGAGGCAUCACCAUGGAGUCGUCGGCCAUCUCUCUCUACUUCUCCAUGCUCCGGAGAUCGGCGCCCGACGCCAAGGCCGAACCGAAGGAGUACCUCAUCAACUUGAUCGACUCCCCAGGCCACAUCGAUUUCAGCAGCGAAGUCUCGACUGCGUCCAGGCUCUGCGAUGGCGCCGUCGUUCUCGUCGACGCCGUCGAGGGCGUUUGCAGCCAGACCGUCACCGUUCUCCGCCAAGCAUGGAUGGAAAAACUGAAGCCCUUGCUCGUCAUCAACAAAAUGGACCGGCUCGUGACGGAGCUGAAGAUGACGCCGUCCGAGGCGUACGUGCACCUCAGCAAAGUUCUGGAGCAGGUCAACGCCGUUCUGGGGAGCUUCUUCCAAGGCGAACGAAUGGAGGAGGAUCUGAACUGGAGGGAGAAAAUGGAGGACCGCGUCACCGCCGCUGCCGCCAAGGCAUCGACGGCGGACGAGCAAAUCAACGACGCCGGGGAGCUUCAGUUCGAGGAGAGGGACGACGAGGACAUAUAUUUCGCGCCGGAGAAGAACAACGUCAUCUUCAGCAGCGCCAUCGACGGAUGGGCAUUCACUUGUCGGCAGUUCGCCAGCAUAUACGAGAGGAAGCUGGGCAUCAAGCGCGGCGUCAUGGAAAGGGUCCUCUGGGGCAACUUUUACCUCGACCCCAAGACCAAAAAGGUGCUUGGGCCGAAGCACCUCAAGGGUAGAAACCUCAAGCCCAUGUUCGUUCAGCUCGUCCUCGAGCCCAUAUGGACUGUCUACCAGGCCACCUGCGGCGGGGACGGAAGCCGAGGCGAUCCGACCCUGCUGGAGAAGGUGACAAGCUCGCUCGGCCUCACGAUACCUCCGCACAUCAAACGAUCCCGUGACCCGAGGAUGCUUCUGACGACCGUCUUUGCCUCCUGGCUGCCGUUGUCUACGGCGCUGCUGGUGUCUGUGGUUGAAUCGCUGCCGUCGCCCCCGGCAGCACAGGCCGAGCGGCUCCCCGCCAUGCUCGAGGAGUCGCCUGGGUCCGUGAGCAUCGACAAGGAAGUCAGGGACGCCAUGGUGUCCUUCAAGCUCGGGAAAUCGGACCCUGUCGUCGCCUACGUCAGCAAGAUGGUAUCCGUCCCCGAGAGCGAGCUUCCGGAAAACAGGAGGAAGACGACCGGGCAGAUGACCGGAGAGGAGGCUCGGGAACUGGCUCGGAAGAAACGAGCGGAGGCGGCGAGAGCGCAGGCGGCGCGCGAAAUGAGCUCGGUAGACGGCUUGGCCGAGGCUCUCGAUUCCACGACGAUGGAGGACACGCAACCGACGGAGGAGGAGAGCGGCGAAAAGGAGGUCGUCGUGGAGCACCUGAUUGGAUUCGCCCGAAUCUACUCUGGCGUUCUGUCGGUUGGCGACACGCUCUACGUCAUCCCACCCAAGUGGUCUCCGGCGAACCCCGAGGCGGCCCCUCGACCGGAGCAGGUCACCGUGACGGCGUUGUACAUGCUCAUGGGCCGGCAGCUGGAAGCGCUCGACACCGUCCCCGCCGGUGUGGUGUUUGGCAUCAGUGGCCUCGAGGGAAAGAUUCUCAAGUCUGGAACACUCUGCAGCCGGCUCAAGGGCGCGGCCAACCUCGCAGGCGUGAGCAUGGUUGGCAAGCCCAUCGUCCGGGUCGCGCUCGAGCCAGCCAACCCGUCGGACCUGGACAAGAUGAUUCGGGGCCUGCAUCUUCUCGUUCAGAGCGACCCCUGCGCCGAAUACGAGCAGUUUGCCAGCGGAGAGCAUGUGCUGCACACAGCCGGUGAGCUGCAUCUUGAGCGCUGCCUCCUCGACCUCAAGGAGCGGUUUGCCCACUGCGACAUUCAUGCUGGUGCGCCGAUCGUGCCUUACAGGGAGACUAUUGUGCGCGCGGAGGAGAUGCGGCCGCCGGUCAACAAGGAACUGGGACGCGGAGCGGCCGUUGCGGUCGCAAGCUCGAAGCAGGCCACGGUAUCGCUUCGACUGAGGCCGCUGCCGGACAACGUGACGGAUUUCCUGCUCAAGAACGGCCAGUCAAUCAAGAUGCUUUACUCUGAACGGCCGUCGACGGACGACGGAUCGGAUGAGGAUGACAACAUUGCGGCGGAGGCCGUCGCCUCCGCUGGCAAUGUCCUCUCGGCCGCCGAGUUGAAGAAGCAGCUACAGCAGCACCUUGACGCUGGCAAAGGCCGUGACGUGUGGAAGAACCGAGCGGAGCAAGUCAUCGCUUUCGGGCCGCGGCGGACCGGUCCGAACCUGCUCAUCGACGCGACCAAGGACGGCAUCCUGCCUCGGGUGUUUGCUGGGCAGAAAGGUCUCGACAGCGGACCUCGGGCCGGAGAGGCUCUGCGGGCAAGUCACCUGUCGGACAAGAUUGCGUACGCAUUCCAGCUGGCAACGGCGCAGGGACCGCUGUGCCAUGAGCCGAUGCAAGGCGUUGCCAUCUUCGUCGAGGACGUCAGCCUAACCAUGGCCGAAGGUGACGGCUCGGCUCGCGACCAGCUCGGCAGACUGACGGGCGAGGUGAUCAAAUCGUUCCAAUCGUCGGUCCGCGCAGCCUUUCUCGACUGGUCGCCGCGACUCAUGCUUGCCAUGUACACGGUUGAGAUACAGGCAUCGACGGAAGUGCUCGGACGGGUGUACGACGUGCUGACUCGCCGGCGCGGUCGUGUGGUGGCCGAGAUCAUGAAGGAAGGCACGCCCUUCUUCACCAUUCAGGCCCUGUUGCCCGUGGCCGAGAGCUUCGGGUUCGCCGACGAGAUGCGCAAGCGCACGAGCGGCGCGGCGCAACCGCAGUUGAUCUUUGCCGGCUACGAGAUUUUGGACGAGGAUCCGUUCUGGGUACCGUUCACGGAGGACGACCUCGAGGACCUCGGCGAGCUUGCGGACAAGGAGAACGUGGCGAAGAGGUACAUGGAUGGCGUGCGGAAGAAGAAGGGCCUUUUGGUCGAGGGCCGGAACGUGGCUACGGAUGCGGAGAAGCAAAAGACGCUGAAGAGAUAG